AUGGACACCUUGGACGAGGCCGAACACUGCUUUCCUCAGCACAACUCUUCCUGCAGGAGGCGCACACCCCCCAGCACGCUCCUCUACAUGGUGUUCAGCUCCAUAGCGCUCCUCACAGUGGUUCUCAACCUGCUGGUUAUCAUCUCCAUCUCCCACUUCAGACAACUCCACAGCCCAACCAACACCAUCCUGCUGUCGCUAGCAGUGGGUGACCUACUGGUGGGACUGCUGGGGAUGCCCAUUGAAAGCUUACGCUACAUGGAGUCUUGUUGGCUCCUAGGGACAUUGCUGUGUGCUUUAACCCCUUAUUUUUCUUACUGUUUAUGCUCCAUAAGUGUGGGUAACUUGGUGCUCAUAUCGAUAGACCGCUACGUGGCUAUCUGUGACCCGCUGCACUACUCUACUAAGAUCACAGUGACUAGAGUUAAAAUCUGUAUCUGUCUGUGCUGGGUCGUCACUCUUCUGUACAACGGUCUUAUUCUGAUGGAUCAUUUAAAACAGCCAGACAGGUUCAGCUCCUGCUACGGAGACUGUGUGGUAGUCAUCAGUCACCUCUCAGGGAUCAUAGAUCUGGUGUUCACCUUUAUUGGACCAUGUACUGUCAUAGUGGUUCUCUACAUGAGGGUGUUUCUGGUGGCUGUGUCUCAGGCACGUGUCAUACAGGUGCACUAUGGGGUUGCUUCGUCUUCCCUGGUGGCAAAGAGAUCAGAGAGAAAGGCAGCUAGGACUCUGGGCAUAGUUAUAGUUGUGUUUCUAGUGUGUUUCUGUCCGUACUACUACCCCUCACUGGCAGGCGAGGACACUUCCAACAAUUUGUCAUAUUUUGCUGUGCUGUCUUGGAUCAUGCUGACCAACUCCUGUAUCAACCCUCUCAUCUAUGCCAUCUUCUACCCCUGGUUUAGAAAAGCUAUUAAAUUCAUAUUUACCCUCAGAGUCCUGCAGCCCAGCUCUCGUGAGACCAACAUACUGUAG